AUGUUCCAUUUGCAAAACGUCUGGACGCUGCGGCUUUGGCUGUCGGUUCUGCUGAUGCUGUGGACAUUGGAUGGCUGCGAAGGCAAUUAUUAUCUGGCACACCCAAAUGCCACAGAGCCGGAGGAAAGCGAACAUCCUUAUGCAAAAUAUGUGGUGUCCAUUCAGAGCAUUAGUCCAAAGAUGAAGUCGAACAGAAGCGGCGGCCACUAUUACUUUGGUGUCAAUCAUUAUUGUGUGGGCACCAUCAUAUCGCCCACCUAUAUUCUGACAGCCUCGCAUUGCGUCUUCGACAACAGACUGCGGCGUCUGCUGCAGCCGCACGAGUUGCUCGUCAUUGCCGGCACACCCAAUCGGCUGCGACCCACCGUCCACACACAGGUGCUGAGGGUUCAGGGAUUACGUCCCUAUAUGCGCGGCAAGAUUGGUCACAAGCACGACUUGGCGCUGAUGCGUUUGCAGGGGAUGCUGGAGUUGAAUCUCUCGCGAGCGCUGGGCAUCGCGGAGAUGGCUUUGCUGCCACCCCGACCCUUUUCCAAUUGCACGGUACUGGGCUGGGGACAGUCCUUUGUGAGGGGACCCUUUGCAGAACUGGUCACGCAGCGCAUCUUUCAACUGCAAACAGAUCGGGCGUGCCACAAGAUAUUCCCCAUUAGCUUCAAACAUGGCAUGAUUUGCGCCACCGUGCAUGCGGAUGCGCCGCUCGAUGUCUGUCGAGGGGAUUCGGGCGGUCCGCUCUUUUGUGGCACCAAGCUCACGGGCAUCGUGUCACGUGGCGUGCGUUGCGACAAAAGCUAUCCGGCCAUCUUCACCGGCGUCUUCUGGCAUCGACACUGGAUCCAGACUGUCUACUCUCGGGCCGGACGCAGCUGGCUGGCAAAAUUAUUGCUGGCUCUGACCAUUUGGCGCUUUUCUAAUUUGCUUGUUGAUUAA